AGUUCCCAUUGAACAGGAAGUCUUAACAACAAGUAUGGGAAAUGACCUGCCAGGUACCAAGCUGUGCUUUGAGAAUUUGUAGUUAAAUAAGAUUGAUGUCCUGCUGUCUAGCUUCAUCAGAGAAAGACAGAGAGACAGAGAGGAGGAGAGUGAGACAGGGGGAAAAGCAUGGAGACCUUUGUCUUUCUGUUUCCUCAAUUCAACUUCUCUGCCCCUAAGGAGGAAGUGUAUUUCAAAAUGCUCGGCGAAACCGUGUGGCGUGCUACCAGAAUGAAAGACAGCCAGUCGAGAAAUAAGGACAAAGAAAAAGACAAAGACAAGGACAAAAAAUAUCGACUUAGCCUUUUGAUGACCAGGUCUGGAUCUCAUGAGAAUGUGAGCCCAGAGAAAAAGGUGCCAUCAAAAACCAAUCAUAUUCCACCUGAGGUCGCUUUGAAAUGGAGCGAUUCGUUUGAAGACCUUCUGGCACAUCCAGAUGGAGUGGAGACCUUCACACAAUUCCUGCGCUCGGAGUUCAGCGAGGAGAACAUCGAGUUUUGGUUAGCAUGUGAGGAUUACAAGAGUACAACUUCCUCUGCCAAUCUGCAAUGCAAGGCUAAGCAGAUGUACGCCGUAUUUAUUGACACUGAGGCUCCCAAAGAGAUUAACAUCGAUCACUCUACCAAGCAGGACAUUCAGAAGAACAUCGCACAACCGACGGCAUCAUGUUUCGAUUCGGCGCAGACCAAAAUCUACACUUUGAUGAAGAAGGACUGCUACCCACGCUUCCUCACCUCGGACAUCUACCUGAGUCUGACCAAAAGGAAAGCACCUCCGGCCAUGACCAGGAGACGGUCCAGAUCGUUUGUCUUCAGCGACCGUGAGGAUAGCGCAGCAGCCUGGUUGUAGCUCCUCUUCGAUGAUUGUUAGCGUAACGGUUUCUACCAGCACAGCUCAGCGCUUUGGACGGAAGCAAAAGGGUUGAGUUUAGAGUCUAAUUUUUUCACAGAUUUGAUCAGAUGACGUUGUGAAAUGAUGCGUUCACUUAGUACAAAAAUACCGAUCAAAGUAGCUAGAUAUGGGACUCUGUUAACGUUAGCUAGCGAAAUCUUAAACUUAGACGACGUCAGUAUCGUCUGUCUAGCUUCUACUUAAACUUAGCUGUUUUUAAUGUCGGUGUUUGGCGAAAGAACAGCGAUUCUGACCUGUUUAUAUUAACAUGCUUGAUCUAAUCUGUUUAAAAUUGUUUCGUUUGCAGAGAUUUUUAUCAUAAUCAUAAUGCUGAUAAUGAUCUAAAGCUAAUAAUCGGUCGAUUAGGGUUUUUAUCCCUAAGGAGACAUGGAAGGAGUCUCCGGUUCCAGAGCGUUAUAACAGUCAGAGAAAGUCUUUAAGAUGAAGAAGUUUCUCUUAGAAUAAAAAAGGUGAGAGUACGACUAUUUAUAGCUGCUAUAACAUAAGUGAUAACUAGUUUGAAUAUUAUCCUGUAAACGUUUAAACAUUACGUCCCCCAGGAGUCACAGCAAGCUAGUUAAUCACAGACAAUGUCAUCUGAUUAUAUUCACGUUUUCGUGAUCGAAUGUAGUUUAAGCUCCGCCCCUUGUUGUCCCAAGAAACUCUGGACACCAUGGCAAUUUUUUUUUUUUUUUAAUUUAGAAUACCUAUAAGUAUUAAUCUGAGACCUAGGAAAACCUGUUUAAAGCUAUAAAAAGAUUUUUAUCUAUUAUAAAUAUUACUGAGCAAUACUAUCUCUAGUAUUCAAGUAUUGAUGCGAGCCAUGAAUUAUUUAUUACAUCGAUUCAGACUUUUCCCUUUGCCAAGAGAUUUUCAUGCUAAUCUCUUUUCAUGAACACGAUUACGAUCUUAGCUUUAAUUUGUAAAUUGUAUAUACAAACCUGUGUGAUCAUUGUGUCAUAA